AUGGCAAGAACCAAGUAGACUGCUAGAAAGAACACUGGUGCUAAAGCUCCAAGAAAGCAACUCGCUAACAAGGCCGCAAGGAAGACUGCCUAAGUAGCCUAGAGUGGCGGAGUCAAGAAGCCACACAGAUUCAGACCAGGAACCGUCGCCCUCAGAGAAAUCAGAAAAUUCCAGAAGUCAACAGAGCUUUUGAUCAGAAAGCUGCCAUUCCAGAGACUUGUGAGAGAAAUCGCCUAGGAGUACAAAAGCGAUCUCAGAUUCCAAAGCCAGGCUGUAUUGGCUCUGCAAGAAGCUGCUGAAGCUUACAUGGUAGGACUGUUUGAGGACACCAACCUUUGUGCCAUUCACGCCAAGAGAGUCACCAUCAUGCCUAAGGACAUUCAACUCGCCAGAAGAAUCAGAGGAGAAAGAUCAUGA